AUGAAGACCUGCCUGGUGCCCGGGCUGGCCCUCUGCCUCCUGCUGGGACCUCUGGCAGGGGCCAAGCCGGUGCAGGAGGAAGGAGACCCCUACGCGGAGCUGCCGGCCAUGCCCUACUGGCCCUUCUCCACGUCCGACUUCUGGAACUAUGUGCAACACUUCCAGGCCAUGGGGGCCUACCCCCAGCUGGAGGACAUGGCCCGCACCUUCUUUGCCCACUUCCCGCUGGGGACCACCCUGGGCUUCCACGUCCCCUACAGGGAGGAGUGA